AUUUUCCUGACAAAACAAACCCAAACCUACUCAAAUGUAUCCGUUUUUUUGUUUCCCUAACAUUUAUCAGGCGACAUGACGUACUCAGUAAUAUGCUGACACAUUACUAGCUAAGUAGAUAGUCCUUGUCAUUGGUAUUUUUAUUUAGUUUCUCGGAAUAGCUCGAUAGUAUUUUUAGCUAAGGUUAGAUGCUAAUCGCGUAACAUCCUGCAGGCUGUCCCAUUAACAGCAUUAGUUGCACGGUCUAAUGCUAGCCAAACCAAGUGCCAGCAGGUCGCAUACGUCUUAGAACAACAGAGUCACAGGUCGGCCUUGUCGGGUGUAGCUGACACACGCGCCAGGGUGGAGUUAGCGGUGUGGGGUCUAGAUCGUAUGGGAUAAUUAUGCAACGUUGGAAUUUUGAUGAGACACCAGUGGGUGAAGAUCGUUGCCAGCUGGGUUGGCUGUUGCUUUGUCAGUGAAGUCAUGCAUGACGUGAACUUUGUGUUGCUCAAGAGAAGCCUGUCCACUGUGUAGCGGCGAAGCCAUCCUCGGUGAGAGAUCUCCGCUGUUUACCUGCAAAAUGCCUGGAAUGGUGGUGUUUGGUCGGCGCUGGGGGAUAGCCAGCGACGAUCUGGUCUUCCCGGGCUCCUUUGAACUGUUCAUCCGUAUACUUUGGUGGAUUGGCACCAUGGUGUUAUUCAUUUAUCACAAGGGUCACUUCGAAUGUAACGGGAGAGCAGUUCUUCAUAGCUACCUGGUUGGACUGCUGGUUGUGCUGGCACUCAUCAUCCUCUCACUGUGUGCUAUUGUCUACAUCAGUGCUCAAGGUACCAUUACAAACCCCGGCCCGCGUCGCUCUAUGCCUGUGCUGGUGUACCUGCGAGCGGUACUGUAUGUCCCUGAGCUGGUGUGGGCCUGUCUGGGAGCUGUCUGGGUGUCGGAUGAUGGCCGUGGCUGUGAUCCUGCCACGGUAGGAGCUGUUAUCUCGGCAGUUGUCGCCAGCUGGAUCAUCCUGCUGUUCACGGCCGUGGGCGUAGUGUUUGUUUUUGACCCACUGGGAAACCCUCGUCCUCAGCCUCCUGCCAUGGAGCCGCUGGGAGUGCGAGACAUGCAGAGCAGCGAGGGCACCCAGUUUCUAUCCACGGCUCGCUCACUCGCUGUUAAAGUGUGGGAGAGCAGGCUGCGGCUCCUAUGCUGCUGCCUGCCGCAGGACGAGAGCUCCCGGGCAGCGUUUUCCAGCAUCGCUCAGCUCUUCAGCAGCUUCUUCUCUGACACAGAUCUGGUUCCAAGUGACAUAGCAGCUGGUUUGGCUCUGCUGCACCAGGAGCAGGAUAAGAUGGAGCGAAGCAGAGAUCCAGAUGUCGUAGUCCCUCACAGCCCUUCCUCUCCUGUAGGAGAAGAUCUGGAGGGCGAGCUGGAGAAAGCCACCCACUGGAUGCAGUUUGCUGCAGCGGCUUACGGCUGGCCGCUGUACAUUUACUCCAACCUCUUUACCGGUCCAUGCAAGCUCAGUGGAGACUGCUGCAGGAGUCGCGUAGCCGAGGACGAAAUCGUUGGAGGAGAUCACCUCGGCUGCCACUUCUCAUCCAUCCUACAAACCACUGGUUUGCAGUACAGAGACUUUAUCCACGUCAGCUUCCACAACCAGAUCUAUGAGAUCCCCUUCUUUGUGGCUCUGGACCAUAAGAGGGAGGCGAUUCUGGUGGCUGUCAGAGGAACUCUUUCACUGAAAGAUGUCCUCACAGACCUGUCUGCUGAAUGUGAGAACCUGCCUAUAGAAGGAGUGUCGGGAGCCUGCUACGCCCACAAGGGCAUCAGCCAGGCAGCGGGUUACGUCUACAAGAGGCUGGUGAACGAUGGCAUCCUGAACCAGGCUUUCUCCAUUGCACCGGAGUAUAAAUUGGUGAUCACCGGUCACAGUUUGGGUGCUGGUGCAGCCUCAGUGCUGGCUAUCCUCUUGCGCAAUUCCUUCCCCACCCUGCAGUGCUAUGCAUUCUCUCCACCAGGGGGCCUCCUAAGUAAAGCUUUAGCUGAUUACUCCAAGGACUUUGUGGUCUCAGUGGUCCUGGGAAAGGAUCUGGUUCCCAGACUGAGCAUUCCAAACAUGGAGGAUCUGAAGAGAAAGCUACUGAAAAUAGUUUCAAACUGCAAUAAACCCAAAUACCGCAUCCUGCUGCAGGGAUGUUGGUAUGAGUUGUUUGGCGGAGACCCGGAUGACUGCCCCACUGAGAUGGAUAACAGGAGGGAGCAAGAGCUUAGCCAGCCCCUCCUGGGAGAGGAGUCUCUAAUCAUUCGCCACUCAUCCUCCUAUCAGAGCCUGGGAUCGGAUGAAUCACCCGCCCACACACCUGCACACUUGCCUCUCUUCCUGCCAGGACGCAUUCUGCAUAUCACAGAAGAUGGGCCGACACGGAGAUCCUGCUUUUCCCAGGUCCGGUACCGUGCAGACUGGUCAAAUGAAAUGGCAUUCCGGAGUAUUUUGAUCAGCCCCAGGAUGCUUACGGAUCACAUGCCCGACAUUGUGCUCCGAGCACUCGGCACUCUGACCAAGGACAAGCCCUUUUCCCUGUGCCCUUCAUCUUUAAGCGACAGCCAGCACAACGCUAUCUGAAAUGUACCAUAGAGACUGAUUCCUUGUGUCUUCACUCCCAGCCUCCGCAAUGUUUAAACCACCUGCCGAUCAUUUGUUUUCUGUUUGUCGAUGCCUGAUAAAGGACUGCUUCAGGUAGUUCGCGUGGCCUGUAAUCACACCAUUUCCUCAUAUUUUGGCUCCAAGCCUUAUGAAAUUUCAAAGAUUUCAAAUAUACAAGUAUUUGAUCAGAGAAUACGUGAAAGCGUAGAGAGCUGCCUGUUAUGAUUGCCAUGGAGGGAACCUUAUUUGUAAAGAGAAACUCUCUGGAGCACAAGUUUCAUUUGUUUAAUUGCACUUUUAAUGAUUUAUAUCAAAUAAUUUUAUGUAUUUUGACUUUGAGUUACUCCUUGAACAACUGAAUGCCAUGAUCUUUGAAUGUGCGUUGUGUACAAUAUUUGACAGUGCUGCAGUUUUUACCGUGAUGCCGGUGUUGUUGAUUUUUGUGUCUGUGUGAGCGGUGUGUGGUUGGAAGAGGCUGCCCCCUCCUUUCUUAUCUUCUUUCUCUUCAAAGAGUGAGAGCAGACUGAGUCAGAGUGAUAUAAGGGUAGCUUUCACCACAGAAACCAGUACCAGAUUCACACCUUCAUUGUGUAGUAGCUGUGGUUAGCUUGUCCUGUGUUUAAUGUCUUGAGACAUCAGGUUGAACAGUGCCUAUGCAUUACAGAAACCAAGCUGAGAGACACGGUGAUGAGCGCAGCUUGUUUACAGUGAGAUUUUUUUUCUUCAGUGCAGUUUGAAUAGUGCAUGGUGUUUGACAUAAAUGUGUUGGUGUAAGAAGUAGAAAGAUUGUACUUAAACAAAAGGUGGGAACCUGUUUACUUGCCAUGGAUAUUGCUCAUUUCAGGUGAUAUAUAUAUAUAUUAUAUUAUAAUAUGCCUGCAUAACAAUCUCAAAUCCUCAAUAGAAAGCAUUGGACUCCUGGAUGCAAUUAAACUCUUUUGUGAAGCACACCUUUUUUAUUCUUUCAUUUUUUUUCCCUCUUCUGAAUAAACAAUGAAUUUCUCAGUGAGAGGAGCCUGUUGAUCUUAGCGCCAGCAAGUUUUAUAAGGCUUAACAAUGGGAUUAAUCCACGGACUGAAGCCACAGGAGUCAGUUGGGGGGAUGUAAUUAUGAACAGGCCAGGAGGCAUUAGUUCUUACCCUAUUUUUAACUUUAAACACAAAUUCAAGAAAAAAAAG